AUGACCACUUUAUUCACAGUUCCCAUCACCUCCACUGGUGGCUCCAUCGUGUGCACUAAUCCCUCGCAAGACCGACAGAAUGUCUACCUAUUGACAUUUACCUCGCCGAAGGAUAACCGGUUGACUCCCACAUUCAUCGAUGCAUUCAUAUUGGCACUUGAUAUCAUCGAGCAUCGCUAUCCAAAGGGGGUGGUGAUUACGACAAGUGGUAUCGCCAAGUUCUACAGCAAUGGACUUGAUCUGGAGCUUGCCAUGUCCACGGAGGGAUUCGUCGAGAAAUGGUUAUGGCGUCUGUUCCGACGACUCUUAACGUACCCCAUGCCAACAGUGUGUCUACUCAAUGGACACGCAUUUGCAGGUGGCUUCAUGCUGGCCAUGUACCACGACUAUCGUAUUCAAAAUCCUGAGAAAGGGUUCUUGUGCGUAAAUGAGUUGGAGUUUGGUGUGCCGCUUCAAACGCCUAUGAUGUCGAUAUUUCGCGAAAAGCUGAGCCCGACGACAUUCCGGAAUGUGGUACUGGAGGCCCGUCGCUUUGGAGGGAGAGAUUCCUUGCAGGCUGGCAUUGUGGAUGGGACGGGCUCAUUACAUGAGGUUCUCGAGCUUAUUCGCGAUCGCAAACUUCUCAAUAAGGCUGCGACUGGUAUCUAUGGUACCAUGAAAGAGGAGAUGUAUUCGCGGGUAUUGAAUGGUCUUGAUGAUCAUGCUGGAAAUCUAGCGUGGCGGGAGAAGGUGGAGCAGAAGAAGGAUGCUGUGCAAGAGAGAGGUCUGCAGGCUGUGGCGGAAUGGGAGAAGAAGAGCAAGGCUAAGCUUUGA